ACGUGAACGAUUUUUUUUUUUUUGCGUGUGCACACUACCUGUAUAAUUGCACGCACAUAUGCACACGGAGAACUGUAACGCCAGAUAAAGAUAUCCAUCGGAUCCAUGCAUUCAGCAUACACCCUAAAAGCCUACAGUAUGUGUCCCUCCGAGGGCUCGCCGUGUGCUGCUGCGCGAGCCGAUCCCCUGUGUGUGUGCAUGAGUGUGCGCGCGCGCGCGCGCCUGUGUGUGUGUGUCUGCUCCGCUGCUGCUGCCCUUUGAUCCCCGCAUUAGUGUUAGUUAGGGGCUCGGAGACACACACUUUGCACAGAGAGCAGCCAUAGUCAAGACACGGCAACAACACCACCGCCGCCGCCGCCGCCUCCCCCCCGUGUCCCCGCUACCGACAAUACGCUCCGAGCCGAGGACAGCCAGGUGCACGGCGAGCCCCUGCCAUCACACACUCGCCUACUAUUUCAAUGGAAAAAAUCCCUUUUUCUUCGUAUCCCUAAACAAGGAGGAGAAUGUGAAAAAAGGGGGGAAAAUGCCCCGGAGGAAGCAGGAGCAGCCCAAGCGCCUGCCGUCACAUGCCGACCCUGCCGAGGACGAGCCGGCGGGCCGGGAGCCCGGCGACGAGGACGGCUGGUUCGGCAACGCCUCGGACACGCCCUCGGAAUCGUCCUAUGGGGACGUGCAGGAUGACCUCCAGACGACCCCUGAUGGAGCGCCGCGGCCGGAACAGGACACGUCGGCAGAGAGCUCGCUGGGCUGCCCCACGCCGGUGCCCCGGGCUUCUCUGGACCUACUAGGGUUAGAGGGGGACGCCUUCCGGGCUGGAUCCUUCGCGGGGCAGGACGCCCUGGUAUCCCUCUACCGGGAUGCCUCGCAGGCGCUGGGCAAGCCAUUGAACAGCAACUUACGGCGCCUCCUGGAGGUUGGGGAACUGAGCCUGCAGGCCGGUGGCACAGACUCGCCGCCCCCCCUGGGCCUGGCCCUCCUGCCACCUUCCCAUCAUGCCCAGCAGCUGAGCGCUCUCGCCCGGAAGCUGGCCUGCGGCGGCGGUAACAAUAACAGAGGGUCCAUGACUGGCUCGCCUGCCUCCUCGGCCCCCCCAGCCGGCAUCAAACAGGAGCCCUGUGACGGGGGCGGGGCUGGUGGCUUCGUGUGGCCCCCCGGGGCCGAGGUCUGGCCCCCAUCUGGCUGCUCUCUGCCCAGCAGCAGUCUCUCGCCAGACUCGGCCAUCCAGAAGCUGAAAGCGGCUGCCAACGCCGUCCUGCAGGACAAGGGCGCUGCGGCUGCUUCCUCUGCUUGCUCCUCCUCUUCAUCUUCGUCGUCGUCGUCGUCCUCCUCCUCCUCCUCCUCGUCCUCCUCCAUUCCGGCCACUGGGGGGCGCUCCGAGGAGGCAGCGGCAGCCGUGCGCUUUGACGCCUUCGGUUCGCCAUUCAACCCGCAGUCGGCCAGCUCCACGCUGGCGGCGCUGUCCAAGAAGGUGAGCGAGAGGGGUCUGGCCGCCCCCCAGGCGGACCCCCAGGCCUCCGCCGGCUCCUUCCUCUCGCUGGUCUCCCGCACCUCCUCCGCUGCGCUCCUCAAGGAGGUGGCCGCCCGCGCUGCCGGGAACCUGCUGGCCGACAUGAAGGACCCGCCGCUGACGCCAGCACCCCCUAGCUCCACGGAGGAUGUCAAGCCCCUUCUGGAGAAGAGCCAAAAGCCCCCGACACCCAACCAGACCGUGGACCUGCUCCUGCCCUCCACCCCUAAGGGGAGGGCCAAAGCCAACAGCAGCCAAGGAGGCUCUCCAGAGGACGGGGGGAAGCCCUUCCAGUGCCCUGUGUGUGGCUUGGUCAUCAAGCGGAAGAGCUACUGGAAGAGGCACAUGGUGAUCCACACGGGCCUCAAGAGCCACCAGUGCCCGCUGUGCCCCUUCCGCUGCGCCCGCAAAGACAAUCUCAAGUCCCACAUGAAGGUCCACCAGCACCAAGACCGCGGCGAGACCUUCCACUGCGAGCUGUGCCCCUUCACCUCCUCGCGGCACUUCAGCCUGAAGCUGCACAUGCGCUGCCACCAGCACUUUCCCCGCUCUGAGGUCGCCGUCAAGGAGGAGGUUGGCACGGACACCGAGGCGGAGACCGGCGCCGAGGAGGAGCCCGUGGGCGGAGCGGCCGGUGCCACGCCGGGGCCAUCGCCGUCUGAGCACCUCCGCGUCAAGGAGGAGCCGCAGGAGCACGACGUCUCCACGCCGGCCUCCUUCUCCCUCCAUGGCGACCCCCCCAAUGUCAAGUUCAGCCCCCCCGGGCCGACCGCGGCCUCCCUUUUCAGCCCUGAUAUUUCCACCAAGACGGCCACCGACCUGCUCAUGAAGAUCUCAGCGGCCAAUCAGAAAGAGGCCCUGAAGCCCUCCCUCUUCGUGAAGGAGGAGCCCAGCUCCGAGGAGGUGCAGUCGGGCUACGGGAUGCAUCAGGAGGGGCCCACCCCAGGGCCCGCUGAACGGGGCCCCCAGCCCCAGGAGGCGAGCCCACUAGCCAAGAACCGUCUGCUGAACCAGGACAUCAGCAUGAAGGUGGCGUCGGAGCUGCUGAUUAAGCUCUCAGCAGAGAGCAACAAGGAGGCCUGCAUGCGGCAGGCGGUGGUGAAAUCGGAGCCCAUGGAGGUGGACCCGCCCGAGGAGCCACCCCUACCCCCCGUGCCCUCACGCCUGGUGGGCUUCGGCACGCUGCCCGGGUGCGAGGCGGGUGAGCCGCUCUCCGGCCUCCCCGAGGGCCUGGUGCUGCCCCAGAAGGCCCUCUUCUCCCAGGACAUCUCUGUCAAGAUGGCCUCCGAGCUCCUCUUCAAGCUGUCAGAAAAAGUGAGCAAAGCUAACGACCAGAAAGACAGCACUAUGCUGGGCAUGAACAGCACUUCGUACCUUGGCGACUGCUUCAGACAAUCACCCUUCAACUCAUGCUCCAAGGACCCGGUCACCGGCGAGGCCAGCUCGUCCACCAGGGCGGCGCCACUCGACUGGGACAAGGUCGGCCUGGACCCGGGAAACGGCAGGCCGCAAUGGCGGUCGGGCGAGCAGCUGUACCCCUGCACUGUGUGCGGGAAGGUCUUCGGCCGGCAGCAGACUCUCUCCCGGCACCUCUCUCUACACACAGACGAGCGGAAGUACAAGUGCCACCUGUGUCCCUACGCCGCCAAGUGCCGCGCCAACCUCAACCAGCACCUCACCAUCCACUCCGUCAAGCUGGUGAGCACCGACACAGAGCAGAUAACCAUCGCCACGGAGACCGGCGACCGCAAGAACUGCCCCUACUAUUACAGCUGCCACGUAUGCGGGUUCCACACGGAUCACAACGCCCACUUUGUGAGUCACAUGUCGCUGCACGUGGACCGGGAGCAGUGGAUGUACGCGCUGUGUUGCAGCACCUGCGACUUUGUCUGCAACGAGGAGGCUGACAUGAAGGCCCACGUCAGCGCUGGGCAUGCAGGCCUGAACCCCAGGAGCCCACUGAGUGAGACCAAGAGCACGUCGUCCUCGCUGUCUGCCCUGAGCGACUCUGUGAACAGCUCGGAGAGCAGCGACACCCCCCAUGGCGGAGAGGACCUGAAGGGCGUGUUGGCCCCGCCCUUCUCGGCAGGUAGCCAGUCCAGCACCGGCAGCCUGUCAGGAUCUGGGGCCGAAGACAAAUCAGAGAAAGGUUUCGAGUGUGUGUUCUGCAACUUCGUCUGCAAAACGAGGACCAUGUACGAGCGGCACCUGCAGAUCCACCUGAUUGCGCGCAUGUUCGAGUGUGACGUCUGCCAUAAGUUCAUGAAGACUCCGGAACAGCUGUUGGAACAUAAGAAGUGUCACACUGUCCCAACCGGAGGGCUCAAGUGCCCCUUCUGCACGUACUCCACUGGCCGACCAGCCGCCAUGGAGUGCCACCUGAAGACGCACUACAAGAUGGAGCACAAGUGCCGCAUCUGCCAGACAGUCAAGGGCAGCCAGCUGGAGCUGGAGGUGCACGUGCGCGAGCACCGGCUCGGCAACCACUACCGGUGUGAGCAGUGCGGCUACCUGUCCAAGACGGCCAACAAGCUCAUCGAGCACGUACGCGUGCACACGGGCGAGCGGCCCUUCCUCUGCGACCGCUGCAGCUACAGCUGCAAGCGCAAGGACAACCUCAACUUGCACAAGAAGCUCAAGCACGCGCCGCGCCAGACGUUCCGCUGCACCGAGUGCGCCUUCGCCACCACGCACCCGUUCGUCUUCAGCCGUCACGUCAAGAAGCACCACGGCGUCGACGCCAACCCCGAGGGGGACCUGGUAGGAGACGGGCCCCCCCUCAGCAUGGCGGCCUCCCACGCCUUGCAGUCCGUGGCGCUGUCCAUCACGGGCAAGCAGCAGUCCGGCGCCCUGUCCCCAUGCUACCUCUCAGCCAACGGCUCCUCAUCCUCUUCCUCGGCCUCCGCAUUUUCUUCACGUUACGAGAAGUACAGGAACUGCGACCUAGCCCACCUCGUCCCCCUCACCACCCUCUUUGCCUCCGGUCAACUCGGGAGACGCGACACGUUCGUCUGCCCCUUGCCACUCUUCUCGAAACAGCGGCCGUCCUCGUCCUGCUCCCCGCGUUCGUCUCCCCUGUCACCAGCGUCUCUCAAGCACUCCUUCCUGGCCUACCUGGGUCUGACGGAGAGAGCCAAGACUGUGUGAGCCGUCCUCCUCUCGCAUCCUCACCUUCUCACUCCUUUCCUUCUCUCCCUUCUGGUCCUCUCCCUUCUCUUCCUCUCCGCCAGCCUCCUCUUCCUCUCCGCCAGCCUCCUCUUCCUCUUUCAUUCCCUCGGACAGUGGCGCGCAGCUCCACUGCGACUGGAUCGUCCCGCUCGCGUUAGCGUACCGACCUGGAUAGAAAAGUAGUUGUGGUAGGAAAAGAAGAAUUUUAUUAACAAAAAAGGCUGUAUGUGCUUAAUGCAUUUAUAUCGAAGCUGCUUUCAUUAUCUGUUAUAUCGGUUUAAUUACUUUGCUUGAACAUAUCAUUCGACGACAGAGAAAAGUAAGGGGACUUGCAGAUGCUACGUUCUUGUGUGUUGUUGUCUCUUGCAAAGCAUUAGGACGCAUGCUUGCAUACGUGUUCUCAUGGUUUCGGUGUCAUUAUGGGUUUGAUAUGAAAUUAUCUGGAGAGUAUCUGUCACACUCCGGCGACGAUCCCAAUGGAAGCCGCCCGUGUCGGGGUCCAUUUCCACGGCAACGCUUCGAACCACGCACUUACUAACUCGUCUGAUUGUACAUAGUUUUUGUAAGCUAUUCCCCCAACAGCAUUUCUUUCGGUUGUUUUUAUAGAACGGUCAAACUGUUACUGUUUAGCUACCUUUAGUUACGAGCCCCUUGGGCGCACAGGUGUUCUGCAGGUGUCCUGUCCUCCGGUCUGGUGCCGGCCUGAGUGCGGUGGGCUGGGGAGGUUCCCCGCAUAGGGCAGUCUCAGUUCAGCUGGCCUGCAAUGUACACCACUGGCAUCCUGGGCCCAAGGUGGGCCAGAACCAGAGGUCCAAGCCUCACUGGUUCCUCAUUUGGUCACCGGGCUUUGAACUCUGCAUUACACACUCACUUUUACAAGAUGACCGUUAUUGUCAAAGUGACGGCCCAGGGGUUG